AACACUUUUCUUUAUACUCAAUUAACAACUAGCCAAUAGGAGUGUGAGGCUGUGGCCAGUUAACCUCUGUGUACACCCUGCCUAGCUAAUUAACAAACAAGCUGGUAGGCACGCGCCAGCAUGUAUAAAGCCCAGUCGUCAGAUGUGUGAGCCAUUAGUUCAAGGGAAAUCCUAGUGAACACAUCUAUGGGAGAUUAGUGUAUGUAGUUCAUGUCUAGUGCCAAAAGGAUACUAUCCUCGCCUGAUAACACUCAAGCUGGUAUACAUCUGUAUUUUAGGUUGUACUAUUCCAGUCAGCGCCAUUCUACAGGAAUUUACUACUAUAACAUCAUGUUGUCUACUAUACUGUUGUUGUUAUGUUCUGUUUAUUCUGUACAAGGUGUCAAGAUGUCUGCCUGCUUUAGUCAGGAGCAGAAGUCAUUAGAUAUAAAAUGCCGAGAUGGUUAUAUGGUGCGAAUUCUACACACCUUCUAUGGUUUUAGUCCCACUAAAAAAUGUUCCUUCCAUGAUGGAGACUGUACUCUACCAGAAUAUGAAAGUUAUCCUUGUGUAGGACGUCAGUCUUGCAGCAUUAAUCUACCGACAGGAACUUAUGGAAGUCUGGUGCCAUCUUGUGGACAAUACAGCAAUUACUUUCAAGUGGAAUAUGAAUGUGUUUCAGAUGCCCAGACUCAUGACCUUUGUCAAGUUUCAACAUUAACAGAUCAAAGUGGCUAUAUAUCUACACCUCGAUACCCUAACAACUUUCAUAACACCUUAUCAUGUUCUGUACGAAUACAGGCGGCACCCACCCAAAAGAUCCUUCUCUACAUCAUUGAUAUGGAAUUGGAGCCUAAAGGCAAGACUGACUGCUCUGAUCUGAUGUAUUUUAAUGAUGGAUAUCAUAGUAUUACUCUCUGUGGUCGCCGAUCAAACGAUACCUUUCAGUCACAUGGUGACUAUCUAUUAGUUGAAUUAAAGGCUACAUCAGGCAACAGUAAAGGAUUCUGGUUAUACUAUGAAGCUUUUCCCAAACUUCCAAAUUAUGUACCAACAACGGAAGAGCCAGGACAAGAUGACAACAUUUCACCAACAAUGGCUUCUAAUCAUCCAUAUUUUAACAAACCCCAGAAUAACAGAAAGCCAAUAACUUCAUCAUUUAUGUCUAAACUAACAGAGAGAAAUGAAGACAUCACCAGAGAUACAACAUCUACACCUAUACCCGUUUAUCACGAUUAUGUGAAAAAUGGUGGAAACAGCAAAACAUUGCCAUUUGCUGCUAUUGCUGGAAGUGUGAUUGGGACUUUAACACUAGUAUUGCUGGUAUUGUUAACACUACUAGCCAUAAAAUGGCUAAAAGAAAGGAGAUAUUUCCAGAACAAAGAAAGAUUUCUGGAAAUAAGAAACCCAGCCUUUAGAAGUAGUGGUGAUUUUAAUCAGUGUAAUAAUGACUAUAAUCCAUAUGGAAAUGAAUAUUGUUAUGCUGAAUGUUCUUAAGGGAAGAACACAAACAUUAUUUGUUGUUUUUAUUGUGAAUCAUUCUUCAAAGUGUCUAUAGGGCUUAUUGCAUUAGUAAGAAGUGUUAAUUGUGUGAUGACAUCAGUUUGAAAGACAAUGGUAAACAAAUCAGAUUACCGUCCAAUUAAAGAUGACAUAUUUUCUGUGAAUAUCUACCGAUGAUAAGUGCCAUAAUAUUAUUUAUUUGUAUAUAAAUGUUACUAGUCAUCUAAUCACAUCAGUGUAAAUAUAUCAUAAUUAUUUAUUUAUUAAUUAAUAUUUUCAAAUAUUGUAUAUUUAUAUCAUAACUGUCUCACCACACAUAUAAUCAAAAUCAGAUUUUAAUUAGUAUUUUCAAACACAUGAGCUAUGUGAAUUUAACAGAAAAUUUGAUUUUUAAAAAAAGAAAAAUGACAGCCUCUCUCUCUCAAUCCAAAUAGGCCAUUUUAUCCAAAUCAGACUUUCUUUGGUAAGAAAUUAUAAUCCUAAUUUUUGGCUUAUAUAAAGUUCUCAUUCCAACUUCACAUGAAAAGCGUCUCUUCGAACAUCCAAUAUAUACUAUUACAAGCAAAUUCGUCCGAUUCAAAAUUUAAAACAAAAAUUAUGGGAGACUGUCAUCCUAGACAAUAUUCUAGUCUAAACUAUAGGAAGCAAUAAAAAUGCUACAUCUUUAAAUAAUCAUGUCAAUAUAUAAAAUUCACCAGUAUAAAUGAUGUACCGGUAUUGAUGUAUUUCACUGUUAAUAUAUACAAUGAAAAAGUUCAAAAACAAAAAGUGCAAUACAGUGUUAACACUUCUAGUCAUCGACCUGAAUAAUCCUAGUCAUUAUUACAGGCAGCUUGUUGGGAGUUAUCUCUCUCUAAAUUUGGCGUGGAAUUACAGCAAAUUAAGCUCAAGGAAAUUAUUAGCCAAAAAAUUAACUGUGAUAUUGUCAUUCAUUCCUUGUUUUAUUUAUUAUUUUCACGUAUUUAUAUUAUACGAUGAAAAACAUGUACAUAUUCUUUAUUCAGGUAAUUUAUUGUAGAUUAGUGUAGCUUUUGAAAAUCUUACAUCACUAGCUUUUUGACAACAGAUGUUUGAUAGAACCUUUGUAAUGUAACACUCAUAAUCACUUACAUAUAUGUAAAUAGAUGUACAACUAAUAUUAUUAAUAAUUUAUAUAUUCCAAUAAACUGUCACGGACACAGAAAUCCAAUUUCAUUAUUUAUUAAAUGUAUAUAGAGUAUAUUUAGUCAUUAAAUUAUCCAGUAUUUAUUCAAAUUAACAAUGGUAAAGUACAUUUUUCUUGUAUUACAGUAAUUUUAUAUAUCUGUGAACUAGUAGUAAUACAGUGGCAUAUUUCAGCCUGGAAUAUUAAAAAUAUUAUUUAGAAUUAUAUCUUACAAAAACUUACUUCCUUCAAAAAGAAAUAAAAUUUAAUGUGUAAUAUUUACCUAAAAUAUCACUUGUGUUACAAAAAUAGGAAAUUAAAUCCUUCUCCAAAUUUUCAAUAUAUUUUGGAAUGAAUACUAUUUAAAGUUUUAUUCUAAAUAACAAUGAUAACAUUAAUAAUAGGUACUGGUAAUUGAUUCAGAUUUAUAACUCAUUUAUAUAAUUAUCCUCAAAAUAUAGUCAAUGAACAUUACAUAUAAUUCGCUUUCAUUUUCAUAAUCUGCUUUUAUUUUGUUUUUUUAAAUUGGUAUAUCUUAAACUUGUGGUUUAUUAUGUAUACCAUGUACAACUACAUGAAUUGUAUACAGUGUACAUCAUGUAUACUGAUUAUUUUAUGUAAGAUGAGUGCAUGUAAGUAAUGUUAAUAAUAAUAACAAUACUAAUAGAACUGUAUGUUUGCAAUUUCUGGUGUACAGGCAUAAUAAAAUAUCUAAAAAUAUAUUAAAGAUUUUUUAUUUCUUCAUCAAACUGGUCCCUUAUCUAUAGUGAAUCUUACUGGAUCGCUAUGAUGAGUGCCAUGCAUGACUACAGAAACAGCUUAUAUAUAGUGUUGUUUCCUUUCGUCAGUAUAUGCUGCCCCUAUGGAUAUAACCAAAACAAUAUCCUCAUUAUGGCUAUAUGUACAUUAGUUCUGUAAAUGUCAUAACUGGUCAAAUGUAAUACUUUUAGUAGAAUUUUUGCUCGAGAAAUAACAUAUUCGCAUAAUAUGUGAUAUGUACUUAAAAUACUUAAAUCAACUUAGUCUGUAAUUGACAGUUGACACAUAAAAAGGACUAUUUAUCAAAAACAUAUGUCACUCAUUUACCACCAGAAUUACACUUGAGUGGAAUUAUUCUAAUUGCAUCAUUUGGUUUAAAGUAACCAAUCAUAUCGUUAAUUGCACAGGUUCAGGGCCAUGAACAGGCUUUCUGUGCGUGAUCUGCAGGAGUCUUAUAAAAUAAAUCAUAGUAAAGUUUUAAGGCAGACUUGCAUUAGAUUCCAGAGAUCGAGGGUACAUCUGAGUUCCUAGACAGCCGAGAGGCUGGAUAGGGUGGAGAAGUGGUUUUAGCUAUAUAGUAUUGUAAUUUGUGCUAUGCUUGUAUACCUGUAUUCAGUUAUAUGCUAUAUAAAAUGUAGAAGUGAACUAUGCAUUAUUAUUCCUGGUAAGACAAACAUCUUAAGAAACUGGAAGAAGUAAAUACACAACGUGAAGCAGAAGUAAAGACAGCUAGAGACAAAUCCUAGACGAUCACAAGGCUACAGAAAUAUGUAGUAAGAAAAGAUGCAUGGGUCGUACGUAGGAUGUGGCGACCGGUUUGACAAUGUACGCUCUCCACGUCAGACAAAAGACCCAUGGUGCUACAUAUUCUAUUUGGUUGCCGUGACAGUUUCGACCUUUAGGGUAAGCAGAAAAUUUGGAAGAAGAUUAGAAGAAAAGAGAGUAAGCAUCACAUAUUUUCCACAUCUAACCAGUGACUGCAUAGCACUGCAUAGUCUUACAUAUUCUAAUUUGAUACCGUAAUGAAGUUUCGACCUUUGGGGUAAGAAGUCACUUUAGAAGAAGAAUACAUAUUGGAAGACGUUAAGAAGAAAAAAAUAUCUGUACAAUCCAGCAACAGAAAAAUUCUGUUGGAAAAAAAGAAAUCUGGUGAAGAUAUUCGAAAAUUUGGGUAAAUACAUUUUUUCUGGAAAAUUAGAUGUGUUAAAUUUGUUCAAAGACCAAAUAAUAUUAAUUUAAAGUUAAAAUCUGAUUAGAAACUAAGUAUUUAAAAUUUAACUGUAUAGAGAAUAAAUUAGAGUCAUUCAUAAGUUGAGAUUGAUAGGUUUAUUAAACAAUAUAAUAUCACUGGUUAGGUGUGUAUAUUAUCGGGUUAACAUGACCUGUAGUAAAUUUGAGUAAAAUUAAUGUUAAAGAGAAAGUUUAGGGAGUAGGUUAAAAAAAAAAUGUUUUGAUAUAACUAAGGAAUAAUAAGGAAACGGAAUAGGGAAUAAAGUAAGGAACUAAUGUUGUCUCCGGAUCGCAGUGGGAAGACGGCAGAUCUAAGGAUGAAGUUGUGAGUGAUUAACUCUAGUUUCCUAGUUGGCCGUACUUUCUACUGUGAUUCGUUAAUUUGUGUUUUUUGUUGUUUCGUAUACUAUAUAAUUUUAAGGCCCUUAGUCCAGGCCUUAGAGUUGUUGUAAUUUAACUUUUGAUUAAAAAAUUAGGUUAUGUUAAAAAUCCCAUAUGGUUAAUCUAGGGAUGUUGGUUAUAGUUUUCCAGGGAAAAAACUAAAAUUAUAGGCUCGUUGAAUUGUGAGAUUAUCGCAAAGUCAUUAAUACGAGUUUUAUAGGAGGUUAAAGUUAAGAAUACGACACUUUUUAGAAAAGUGUAGGUAUACGGUAAAUUUUGUCCGUAUAUAACUUUAUUUUUGCUUUAGAAACGUAAUAUUAACGUUUAAUAUAUACUGCUAAUUGCUUUAAGCUGUCGACAUGUACACGAGAUGAUUAGAAUGUGUAAUUUGACAUUAGGUCAGAUUAUUAUAAACAAUAGGUUCUAACACUGUGUUAAAUUUGGCCUGACGGGUUAAUAUACCGGUAUAUGACAUAGUAAACUGUAUGUGUAUAGACUAAUGUUCCUGUGGAUGAAAGUGCACUCAUUCACUUGGGACAUGGUUAUAAAUUAAAUGAAAUGGGGUUUUGCAUCAAACUGUAGGAUGGAAUGGAGCGUCAUUCAUAUACUGGCCAUAUUUGAUUGACAGUUCUAUUCUAGAUAAAUUAAAGUCUGGUAUUGUCAUAGGUGUGAGCUCAGCUUGUGUCAGUGUCAGUCUGAUAGGAAUGUUUAUAAAAAACGAAAUACAAAAUUGUAAAUGAUUAGGUCAAAAAGGUCACAUUACUGACUGAGAAAUAUAAAAUAAUAAUGGAGGAAUUAUAAAACACAAAUGGAAAUUCUAAAACAGAAAACGCAAUUAUAAAAUUACUGAUCGAGUUCAGGUCAAGAGGUUAAAGUAAGUUUGAAGAUUUAUAAUUAAAGAGACACAUCAAAGUUUAUUUAAUAAUUAAAUAAAAUUUAAUUUUAAUUAAGAGUAAGAUUUACAAAUACUUUUUCGAAAUAUUAAUGUUAGACUAAUAUCAAAAUAAAGAUUUAGGAAUAGUUAGUUCUUGGUCUAAUGGCAAUGACAUAUUUGAUUGACGGAUAAAAUUGUACAAACCAAUCAUACUUAGAAAAAAAAAAAAGACAGUUUCAACUUGACACUAUGGUAGCUGAAACAGACCAAUACAAAUCCAAGAAGAAGAAAUGGUUUACCAGUUUACCAAAUUGACAUUUCCUGAGACAGAAUUUAAAGUGAAACCUGAACUUUAUAAAUAAUUCGUGUUGUGUUAUAGUGUUUUGAAAUUAGGACACUUGAAGAUCUAAAAAAGACAAUUUGUGUUUUCUGUGUUUAGGCUUAGUGAAUUUUCAUAGGAUUUUACAGUGAUGAACUUUUUGGAGAACUUUUGCAUGCAACUUUUGAUUUUUGAUUAUGUGUGUUUGUGUUUUCACAGUUUUGUUAUAUAGUAUAGUAUCAUUGAUAUUUGCCUGUUGCAUGAAUAAUUAUAGGGUUUAGCACAUAGAAGUUUUUAAGAGUCUCCUACUGUUCAUUUAGCAUAAAUCUUGCAAGUGGGGGAGGUGAUAUAUGUUAGAUUUUCUAGAUUUCUGCUACAUUUAUGGAUAGUUAUAUAAUUCUACAGAUGUUGGUAUGGUUAUUGUAAAGGAUUCAAGGGAUCUUUUACCCAAUACCGAGCAAAAAGUCUUAAAGAAAGGGACGAAUGUAAUACUUUUAGUAGAAUUUUUGCUCGAGAAAUAACAUAUUCGCAUAAUAUGUGAUAUGUACUUAAAUACUUAAAUCAACUUAGUCUGUAAUUGACAGCUGACACAUAAAAAGGACUAUUUAUCGAAAACAUAUGUCACUCAUUUACCACCAGAAUUACACUUGAGUGGAAUUAUUCUAAUUGCAUCAUUUGGUUUAAAGUAACCAAUCAUAUCGUUAAUUGCACAGGUUCAGGGCCAUGAACAGGCUUUCUGUGCGUGAUCUGCAGGAGUCUUAUAAAAUAAAUCAUAGUAAAGUUUUAAGGCAGACUUGCAUUAGAUUCCAGAGAUCGAGGGUACAUCUGAGUUCCUAGACAGCCGAGAGGCUGGAUAGGGUGGAGAAGUGGUUUUAGCUAUAUAGUAUUGUAAUUUGUGCUAUGCUUGUAUACCUGUAUUCAGUUAUAUGCUAUAUAAAAUGUAGAAGCGAA